AUAAACCAGGUCUAACAGGCAACGCCCUUCAAUACCUUAUCUGUGUAUCGUUAGUGAACCUAAUAAAUUCACAUAAGGGCCAUUAAAACGGAAAAUUGAUGACCGACAAGAUUUUCAUUAUAAAUACAAGCUCUAAUCGAUCCGACUAUCAGUCAACCUCGAUAUGGGUUCGCGAAAUUUGAAAUCUGUUCUGCUACUAGUGUGUUGUGUGAGUCUGGUAAACUCCAGAGAUGAUGACCUUUUCUCAAGUCAGUUCACUUGGAAUAUGUUCAAGGCUGCCUUCGAUGGGAAGCAUAACAUGGCUGUUUCGCCAUUUUCGGCUCGUCUAGCGAUGACACUGCUGGCUAAUACGGUGAAGGAUCCUUUCAGCCAAAGGCAAUUGGUCAACAAGCUGAUGCUGCAUGGAUCGAUUUCGCGAGCUCGGGAAACGUACAAAGGCAAAUUGUCCCAGCUAUCGAAGCUUGAAGCGCUGAAAUUUGCGACCAGAAUAUCCGCGAUCGGUAAUGGUACCAUCAACCCAUCGAUCCGUUCAUCUUUGACGUCUUUCAACGCAUCGCUGGAGCGCCGCACUACGUUCGAUAAACGUCGGUUGAUCAGUGACACUAAUAGAUGGGCCAAUCAAGAAUCGAUGGGAAUGAUAAAAAACAUCCUAAAGAAUAAUGAUCUUCAUCCGAAUAGUCGAUUACUAUUGUAUACGACUGUUGCGUUGAAAACUCGAUGGGAUACUCAGUUACGAUCGGCCAACAUCGAAGAGGCUCCUUUCUACAUAUGGAAAAUGAAGAAGGCCGUUCCAACCACCAUGAUGUCUUGGUCCAAUGUCAUGCUCCCAACGACCUAUAACAAAGCGUUGGAAAUUAUAGCGUUGGAACUUCCCUUCGAAGCAGGAAGCGAUCUUUCCCUGCUGAUAAUGAUGCCCAUGUCAGCCAAGGGGAAUCUUAGCGCACUAACAAGUUCCCUCAACGAAAACUCUUUCCAGCAGUUGUACAGUAGUCUCAGCACGUAUCGGGUAUCGGUAAAAAUUCCCAGUUUCAAGAUCAACGAAGUCAUGCGAAUGCAAAACAUCUUUCGUAGGAUGCAGCUCAGCGCUCCGUUCGAGUGGAGCCUUUUCGAGAUGUUUCGGAACAACAAAGUGAACCUAGAUCGUUUCAAGCACGGUGUUGCUUUGGAUAUUGAUGCGCCAGCAGAUGAUUCUGCAGGUCUUGGAAGCCGAAGUACCUUCGAUGGGAUGACCUUUUUCGCAGAGCGACCUUUUGUGUUCGCUGUCAUCUUGAGGUCCAAACGAUUCCCGUUGAUUGUAGGGACCUACGCUUAUCCACCGUCGUCAGAGACUUGAGGUUCAAUUUUAUGGAAUAAACUGUUUAGUUGGACACGAUCUUUAGUCUUCCUUUACGAUUUGAAGUAAUGUAAUCAUCAAAUUUUAUGGGCUUGUGAUAUUAAGAGUGUCCACGAUGGAAUUGCAUACACAAAAUUGAUUCCCAAAAUUCGUGUUUUCAUCCGAUUGCCACCAAAUUUUCAGGGAUUGAAAAAUAACUAUAAAACUACAUUUUACCAUUU